CUCUUUCACUCUGCUCUCACAGCCCUUCCUGUGAAGAGGCACGCUGCUGUUGCUCUGCGAUUUAAGGAAGCAGAAGACAUGUCUUCGAGAUCCUCCGCUCGGCUCUUCCUCCUGUGCAACGCCUGGUGCUUGAUCCAUGGGGCUUCUGUGGCUGUUCCAGAUGUUGCCGUAAGAUGUGCUGAAGAAGCGCUGCUGCCCUGUAAAGUUCAUCAGGACUCCACAGUCACCUACCAGACAGUGUCUUGGUAUAAAAUGGCUGGACAUGGGGAAGGAAAAGCAUGGAAAGCCCUGGAUGUGGACUCUUAUUAUCCACAAGAACUUGGCGGAUCCCUAGAGCUCUCUAAUGACACCCUCUUUGCACUGAGGAUCAAAAACGCUACCAGCUACAACAGUGGGACAUACAAGUGCACUUUGCAGGAGCAAAGCGGAGAACGCAAUCUAAGUGGCACAGUCACAUUGAAAGUAUCAGGUUGCCCUGGAGUACUAGAAGGUGAAAAAAUUAAAAAUUACAAAGCAGAGCUUUUCAUGCUGACUUGCCUUGGGAUUUUUUACUUACUGCUCAUCUUUUUUACUUGUACGUGUCUAAGAAAAGAUAGUAUGUCUCCCCAUUAUCAUAAAAACAGAAAAGAUGCGAAACACAUGCUCACCCUCAUCAGUGCACACGAAAUGACAACUUUCCAGGAUUUAAACAGUGACAGCACGUACAAAAAUCAGCUUACUUCGAGUUCUGUCUAAGUUGAUCGUGUUGACGGCAUUGUGGGCUCAUCAGUAAACAUGACACGAGACGGAUAGCUGAGUGGUACGGAGAGGAAAUAAAUGCUAAUAUAUUGCCUCUUCAAGAGAGCCUGAUAGUGUGGGCAAUCUGUCAGUGAUCUGCUUGCGCUGGACAAGUCUUCAGAAAAGCAUUGGUAUGCACUACAGUGACUCUCUGGUGUUUGAUGGCUAAUGAAGACCAUGGCAGCUAUAUAACUGCAUUACAGUGCUAUUAUGAAGUUGGAAUCAACUUCAUUCCAGUCCUCUUGCUCCGAACAAGACUGACUACUCCUGUGAUAUGAAGACCAGGUUAUAGGGAGGCCAUGGCAGCAUAAAGCCAGGAGAUUAUGCUCUUCGCUGAACUAAUAGCUUUCAUCUUUCCAAAAAAGGGGGAAAAAAAACAUAAAAGAAAAUACCCCCCCCAACAGUCGCUACAGUAUUUUUAGAAAGCUAAGUGUGCAGGGUUCUCCCUGCUCUGCCCUCUGUGCUCUUGUUCAGAAUUGAAUGCCUUUACUGCAAAUGAGAUGCAACUCUCAACACAACAUUAGCUUAUCUUGAAGAGGUAACUGCACAUGGUAGUCCUGUAUAAAUCAAAUUAACAUUUUUAAAUGUUCUCAGAGUGACAGACAGGCUGAAGUGUAAAAAGGGAGAAAAUAUUCUGGAAAUCUUUCUGAACUGAAUGGAACUUUUCAUCUCUUCAGGGGAUGUAGCAAUGGAUUUCCACAAUGGAUCCAUCAGUUAUUUCCAAAGGCACCUCUAGGUAGGUCAAUCCAUAGGAUUGUUAACCUUUAAAUUAAAAAGAAAAAGAUUGAGGCAACAUAUGAUAUUAAGGACAUGCAAAGAUGAUUUUUUGUGCGCGUUUUAUAAAAUACAGAACACAGUAUGCAAUGUCUAUGUAAGUGGAGUUACACUAGUGAUGACCAAGGUCAUGGCUUGGAAGAUAUCAGCCAUCUGUAGCUCCAGGAUAUAUCGAGACAGCCAUCAGAUAUAGCAACAGAAGAUGGGGCAAACACACAUCUGCUUCUGGUGUUGACAAUGCACAGUAUAUGUGAAAUGAGGACAUGAGAAAAAGCUAAACUCAAGCAUACAGUACAAGGGAGAGAAGAUUUGUCCUCUUGCAUCAGAGAGAGCAAGAAUCUGGAGUCUAGAAGUCAAGACACUUCCCUUGCCAGGUUGCUGGUGCAGAAGUUGAAGCAAGAAGAGCCUAGAGUGAUUGUGGAUGUUUGUGCUGAGGAUGGAGCAGCAGCAUGAGAGUGCACAGUCACCUAAGAACACAACCAAGGACUUUUACAAAAAAAAUUAAAAAAAAAAAAAAGAGUGAAAUGAAAUCCUUCAAAAGCUAAACUGAGGCAUGAGAUUUUCAAUGCCUCAGAAAUCUGAAAUUCUUGGCUGUGUGAAGGAGGCUUUGUCUAUAAUCCUUUGACUGGAACGGGAACAGAAUGUGUUGGUCAACAGUGUCCCUGCGACUGAGUGGAUUUCUACACUGCUAGACUUCCAUGGGGCUCCUGUCCAGAAGAACAGUUACAGGGGAUAUACAAUUUAUUCAAAGCAUGGUAAAUUAAUGCCACAUAUGCUUUUUUUUUUUUUUUUUUUUUUUGUGAUCAGUUUCUUUCAAGUAUACUUGAAAUAGAAAUUCAGAGGUAACCUACCACUAAUUUUUCCUGUGUACCACACAUGGCAAAAUAAAUUCAGAAAUACUCUGCAUUAGUUGUGGUUUAAUAUAACUACAUUAAAUGAUGUGGAAGCCUGAUCAAGUCUUCUAUGUGGAAGAGAGCAUGUACAUGUGCAUAAUUAAGGAAUGGAUAAUUUUAUG